CCCGGGGCAGCGGGAGAGGCCUUGUCGGCAGCGCCGGGCCCUGCGAGCGGGCCAUGGCCGCGGCGGUGUGCGUGAACGGGUACAAAAGGCCGGCCGGAGGCAGCCAGGAGGCGGAGGGGCGGCGGGCGGCUCGGAAGAGGAGGAGGAAGGAGGCGGAUGGCGGCGGCCCGGGCCCUGAGGAGAAAUCCUCUCGCUUGUCAGCAACUUUAUUUGGUGAGGACUGUGAAAUCAGCCCUGACCAGCUGUACGAGUUGUUAAAGUAUGCAGCUCUAGGAAAGUGCCACCAUGCAGCACAGCCCAGCUGGUGCCGGAUUUAUCACCAAAGCCACUUGGCUGGGGUGGUGGUUAUUGUUCUACAUGAAAUGAGCCAACUCCAUUUCUACAAAUUCUAUUUGCAGUUCAAACACCUCAGAAGAGUGUUCCGGCAUAAAUUCAUACUAAGACCUUCUGCCAACCUCCUGGCCAGCCUGUGUGGAGAAGGAAGGAGCCCCAAACCUCCCAACGCCGCACAAGGUUUGUCUUCCACUCCUAAAAGCUCAGACUUGCAGCAUGAUCCCAUCAUUCGGAAAUAUGGAGAAAAAAAGCGAGGCCUCACUGGCUACACCUUAACUUUGGAAGAGCAGAAGAAAAAUGACUAUCCCAUAAAAGGCUCCCUGGGAUGUAAGGGCUAUAUCUAUACAGAGUGUGAUCAGCAGAGGACAGACAGCAGCCCCCUCUUUGGUCUGGAUUGUGAAAUGUGCCUGACUGCAAAAGGGAACGAAGUGACUCGAGUCUCUCUGGUGGAUGCACAGGGCCAGUGCCUCUUGAAUGAACUAGUCAAGCCUGAAAGCACAGUAGUGAACUACCGCACCAGAUUCUCAGGAAUCACAAAGAAAAUGCUUCUUCCAGUGAAAACAAGACUCUCAGACAUCCAAAUCAGACUAAAAAAAAUGCUUCCCCAUGAUGCUGUAUUGGUGGGUCAUUCUUUAAAUGCUGAUCUUCAGGCUUUGGAAAUGAUCCACCCCAGUGUUAUUGAUACUUCGUUGCUUUUUGCCAGAAAUGAAGGUCGACGAUUUAAGCUAAAAUUUCUAGCCAAAGCUGUUUUAGGGAAGGAGAUUCAGUCUGAACAGAGGCUUGGGCAUGAUCCUGCAGAAGAUGCUAGAGCUGCAUUGGAAUUGGCUCAAUUCUUUAUUGAGCAAGGACCAGCAAAGGUAGCAGAACUAAACUUGGAGAUGCUUCUGACAACUGAAAAACUGGCUGAGGUCUCACAGAAGAAAGCUGCAUUCCAGCCACAAAGAUGCAGGGUUCAGAAACAGUUGAAUGAGCCUCCACCUUUAUCCAAACCAUGCUUUCUUCUCUCUGCUAGUUUUUUAGACUGCUUGCAGGUGGCUGGCCAGAAACCCCUCCUUUUGGGCAGACAGGAACUAGACACUUCUGGCCUGUAUCAGAGUAAUCUGAGCGCUUCAAACAAACAGAUUCUUCAGAAAGCCUUAGAAGAUGUUCCCCUGUCCACAUUCAGUGUCAUUCAGUUCAGUUUGGAUCCAGAGUACAUUGCAUCUCACCUUCUUGCUGGACUUUGUGCAAAGGUGAGAAGCAAGCUGACUGACAUGCUGACAAUUUACGCAGGUCCUUUUCAAGAAAGCUUUUGCCUGAAGACUGUGAGAAAAGAAUUUGGAAGGUGUGGACCAAUCCAAUCUCUUGCAGUGGUAACUGACACAUACCAGCCCUAUGUCUGUAUCCAGUAUGAAGUGCUGGAAGCUGCCCAGCUUGCUGUGGAAAGCCUCAAUGGAGCUGAGGUGGCAGGAUCCUGCAUUAAGGUCCAGAGACCUGUCACUGCAGCAACGCUGGACUGUGAUGUUUUGAUAAAGGAACUAGAACUGGACGUCGAAAAUGAAGGUGUGAUUUAUGUGGCAGGGCUAAAGAAGUCAUUAACAGAGACAGACUUGCAAGAAGAAUUCAGCCAGUUGGAGCACCUGGAAACACUGUUCCUGCCAAAGGAUCUCCAGAGUGGAAAGCACAGGAACUGCUGUUUCCUCAAAUUCCAGAAAUGGCAGAGUGCUGUGGAUGCCCUGGAAGUUAUAAAUGGCUGGACUGUGAAGGGCAGCAAACUCAGAAGUAGGAAAGCUCUUGCUUCAGGUCAUCUCUGGAGAUGGAUUUGGCAAAUGAAUCACAGCAAUGGGAAGCAAGGAAGACACAUCUUACAUGAGAAGAUGGAGCGACUGUCUGAUGCUGAGCAGGAUCUAAGGAAACAGGUGAAGAAGUUGGACCACCACAUCAAAAAGCUUUACAGAAGUCUGCAGAACAACACCCUGUGCGUUGUUCUCUUUCCAGGAGUGAACAGUUUUCCUUGGCAGUGGUUGAGCCAGGCAGGUGCUCAGGAAGCUCUAGGGGCAGCCAGGGAGUGUUGCCCAGAAGCCCAUCAGUGUUGACCUGCAGGACACACCGCGGCGGCCGGAGACAGAUGGACCAGCAGGGCUGUCAGCCCUAGGACCCUGCAGCCCACAAGGCAGCAAGCCAGGCUAGUGUCCUACCUGCAGCAGCUGCUCAGCAGUUAAAUGCUGUUCUCAGGAAUUGUGUGGAUUGCUGGAAAUGAGUGCCAGCUCUGAAGCAGACUCACUGCCUCCUUUCUGGGAAAGUUCUGUACUUACACCAUGGAAAGAAGGAAUUGGUGAUUCACACUUCUUGGACAAGCUCCACUUUCUCCUCCCUCCCUGACCACCCCACACACCCCUCACACACAAAAGAGAAGAAAAAAAAAGAUGCAGUUACAGUGAGACUGUGGAAGGGGCAAGGACUUUAGAGCAAAGUACAGGUCUGUGGGCUCCACACAGCACUGCUUUCAGCAGGAGGUGCAGAGGUGCAGCAGUUGGACUCACAACCCGACAGCUUCAGUCCUGUGCUUUGCAGCCAUUGACACCUAAAUAGAAGGCUGCUCAAGCAUCUCCUGGGAACAUGGACUUUCCAAGCACGAGGAUGCCCAGGAGAGCUCUUAGCACUCAAAAAAAUAAAAAAUUGAAAGAGAAAUGUUUUGUUACAAGGGUUGAACAGGAGACAAGGGGUUUCUUGAUAUGAAUUAGAAUAGGCUGAGAUAUAGUUGAAAUAAUUGUUAUUUUUCCAGAAAUUCUUAAAUACAGCUGUUAGCACAUUUACAGCAUCCUCCUUCCCAACUCCGUAUUUAUUUCACUGGGCUUUUGAGCAAAGAGCAGUUAUGGAGUAGAAGUUGAGAGGUGGUGUGUGGAGGAGCAGGCAAAAAUAAAGCCUAGGGAGAGAAAGGCAACACUAGCCUAGAGGCAGUGCCAGUGAGUGGGUAGUAGAUGCUCACAUCCUUGUCAUUCAUACCUAAAUUUAAACCCUCCAAAACUCCUGAAAUUAACUCUUAUUAAGAUGAAUGUGGCCAGUUAUUUUCUUUUAAGAACAUCUCCCUUCCAAGGGAGCCUGGCAUCCUUUGGCUGCAGCAAUCACAGAGAGGGAUCAGCAUCAGCACUAGUCCAAGCUGUGAAAGGGGUCAGGCAGCUCAGUGGAAGGUCAGAGCUGGCCCCCAGGGGUGAAUGGCAGACUGACCUCAGCACUCAAACCCCUAAUAAGAGGCUCCUGUUCCAGCUGCUCCAUCCAGCAUCACCUUCUUGCAGACACUGCAAUUCUGGAAAAAAAACCCAACAACCCAGCUGGUUCUCAUUCCGUGCACUGAAAAAUGAUGUGGUCACCUCCUUGUGAGGACUGGGCAGGAUUUAGUGAGCAUCCAGGAUUCCUGCUUGAGAACCUCUGCAGAUGACAAAUAUAGCAAGAGUCCUAGUUAUAAGCAUGAAAAAUAACUAAUUUGUCCCCUUUUAAUUGAAAAGGUAAAAAGGACUUCAACUAAGACAUUUCUACAAAGCUUAAAGACCAAAAAAAGUGAACACCAACGUGUCAUUAUGUAAACACCAGAAAUGUUACUCAUUUGUUCAGUAAUGCACAGACCAGUGGGUAAGUUCCCUUUCCACUGAAUUAGCUUUCUGUAGCUGUUCCCCUCCCCCCUCUCAGACCUUACUGGAAUACAGGAAGCCCAGCAGCUUUGGAACAUGUACAAACCUACAGCAGUCAGGAUACACUGUGACUAAAGGGUUGGUUGGUUGUUGUUUUUUU